AUGAAGGCGGGGUCGGGGGACCAGGGGAGCCCCCCGUGUUUCCUGCGCUUUCCGCGGCCCGUGCGGGUGGUGAGUGGCGCCGAGGCCGAGCUCAAGUGCGUGGUCCUGGGGGAGCCACCGCCCACCGUGGUGUGGGAGAAGGGCGGCCAGCCGCUGGCGGCCUCGGAGCGCCUGAGCUUCCCGGCGGACGGCGCCGAGCACGGCCUGCUGCUGAGCCGCGCGCUGCCCACCGACGCCGGGGUCUACGUGUGCCGCGCGCGCAACGCGGCCGGCGAGGCCUACGCGGCUGCCGCCGUCACCGUGCUCGAGCCGCCUGCCCCUGAGCCCCAGCCCGAGCCCCAGCGCGCCGCGCGGCCGCCGCCGCCGCCACCGCCGGGCAGCAAGGAGGGCCCCCCGGUGUUCCUGACGGGGCCCCGGUCGCAGUGGGUGCUGCGGGGCACGGAGGUGGUGCUGACGUGCCGGGUGGGAGGCCUCCCUGCGCCCACGCUGUACUGGGAGAAGGACGGGUUGGCCCUGGACGAGGUAUGGGACCGCAGCCACUUCGCGCUGGAGCGCGGCGCCGCGGGUGGCCCCGGUUCCAGCCUGGCGCUGCGCAUCCCGGCGGCGCGGCUGCCCGAUUCGGGCGUCUUCGUGUGCCACGCCCGCAACGCGCACGGCCACGCGCAGGCGGGGGCGCUGCUCCAAGUGCAGCAGCCCCCCGAGAGCCCUCCGGAGGACUCUGACGAGGCCCCCACGCCCGUGGCGGAGCCGCAGAAAUGUGCGCCCAAGACCUUCUGGGUGAACGAGGGCAAGCACGCCAAGUUCCGCUGCUAUGUGAUGGGCAAGCCUGAGCCCGAGAUCGAAUGGCACUGGGAGGGCCGCCCGCUACUCCCCGACCGCCGCCGCCUCAUGUACCGCGACCGCGACGGCGGCUUCGUUCUCAAGGUGCUCUACUGCCAGGCCAAGGACCGCGGGCUCUACGUGUGCGCAGCGCGCAACUCCGCAGGCCAGACGCUCAGCGCUGUGCAGCUGCACGUGAAAGAGCCCCGCCUCCGCUUCACGAGGCCCCUGCAGGACGCGGAGGGCCGGGAGAAUGGCAUUGUGGUGCUAGAGUGUAAAGUGCCCAACUCCCGCAUCCCCACAGCCUGGUUCCGAGAGGACCAGCGGCUGCUGCCCUGCCGCAAGUAUGAGCAGAUCGAGGAGGGCGCCAUCCGGCGCCUCAUCAUACACAGGCUGAGGGCAGAUGAUGACGGCGUCUACCUGUGCGAGAUGCGGGGCCGGGUUCGCACUGUGGCCAAUGUGACAGUCAAAGGGCCCAUCCUGAAAAGGCUGCCCCGGAAGCUCGAUGUCCUGGAGGGAGAGAAUGCUGUGCUGCUAGUGGAGACACAAGAGGCUGGCGUCAAGGGCCACUGGAGCCGCAAUGGGGAGGAGCUGCCAGCCAUCUGCCAGAGCAUCUCUGGCCAUAUGCAUGCCCUGGUCCUUCCAGGGGUCACCAGAGAAGAUGCUGGUGAAGUCACCUUUAGCCUAGGCAACUCACGUACAACCACCCUGCUCAGAGUCAAAUGCAUGAAGCACAAUCCUCCAGGACCCCCCAUGAUGGCUGAGAUGUUCAAGGGCCACAAGAACACCAUCCUGCUAACCUGGAAGCCUCCAGAGCCACUUCCCGAGACCUCCUUCAUCUACCGGCUGGAGCGGCAGGAAGUGGGCUCUGAAGACUGGAUCCAGUGCUUUAGCGUGGAAAAAGCUGGAACCGUGGAGGUGCCUGGGGACUGCGUGCCCUCUGAAGGCGACUACCGCUUCCGCAUCUGCACGGUCAGCGAACACGGCCGCAGUCCCCACAUAGUGUUCCAGGGUUCUGCUCACCUUGUGCCCACAGCUCGCCUGGUGGCAGGUCUGGAAGACGUGCAGGUCUAUGAUGGGGAAGAUGCCAUCUUCUCCCUCAAGCUCUCCACCAUCAUCCAGGGCACCUGGUUCCUUAACGGGGAAGAGCUCAAGGGUAAUGAGCCAGAGGGCCAGGUAGAGCUGGGGGCCCUGCGGUACCGGAAGGAGCAGAAGGGCCUGCAGCACCGACUCAUCCUGCAAGCCGUCAAGCACCAGGAUAGUGGGGCCCUGGUUGGCUUCAGCUGCCCUGGUGUACAAGACUCAGCUGCCCUCACCAUCCAAGAGAGCCCGGUGCACAUCCUGAGUCCUGAGGACAAGGUGUCAUUGACCUUCACGGCCUUGGAGAGGGUCGUGCUUACCUGUGAGCUCUCUCGGGUGGACUUCCCAGCAACCUGGUACAAGGACGGGCAGAAAGUGGAGGAGAGCCAGUCACUUGUGGUGAAGGUGGAUGGGCGCAAACAUCGUCUCAUCCUGCCCGAGGCCAGAGUCCAAGACAGCGGCGAGUUUGAGUGCAGAACAGAAGGUGUCUCGGCUUUCUUCAGCGUCAGGGUCCAAGACCCCCCAGUGCACAUUGUGGACCCCCAGGAGCACGUGUUUGUACACGCCAUAACCUCUGAGUGUGUCGUGCUGACUUGUGUGGUGGACCGCGAGGACGCCCUUGUGCACUGGUACAAGGACGGCCAGGAGGUGGAGGAGAGUGAUUUCAUAGUGCUGGAGAACGAGGGGCCUCAUCACCGCCUGGUGCUGCCUGCCGCCCAGCCUCUGGAUGGGGGCGAGUUCCAGUGUGUCGCUGGAGAAGAGCGUGCCUGCUUCACAGUCACCAUCACAGAUGUCUCCUCGUGGAUUGUGUACCCCAGUGGCAAGGUAUAUGUGGCAGCUGUGCUCCUGGAGCGCGUGGUGCUGACCUGUGAGCUGUGCCGGCCCUGGGCCGAGGUGCGCUGGACCAAGGAUGGUACAGAGGUGGUGGAGAGUCCCGCACUACUCCUGCAGAAGGAGGACACCGUUCGCCGCCUAGUGCUGCCUGCCGUUCAGCUGGAGGACUCCGGCGAGUACCUGUGUGAAAUCAAUGACGAGUCGGCCUCCUUCACUGUCACAGUCACAGAACCCCCCGUGCGGAUUAUUAACCCCCGGGAUGAGGUGGCCUUGAUCGCCGUGAGCUUGGAAUGUGUGGUGCUGACAUGUGAGCUGUCCCGGGAGGACGCCCCAGUGCGCUGGUACAGGGACGGUCUGGAGGUAGAGGAGAGCGAGGCCCUGGUGCUGGAGAGCGAUGGGCCCUGCCGCCGCCUCAUUCUGCCUGCUGCCCAGCCCCAGGAUGGGGGCGAGUACGUGUGUGAUGCUGGAGAUGACUCGGCCUUCUUCACUGUCACUGUCACAGCCCCACCAGAGAGGAUUGUGCACCCGGCAGCCCGUACCCUGGAUCUGCAGUUUGGGGCUCCAGGCCGCGUGGAGCUGCACUGCGAGGUGGCCCCAGCUGGGUCCCAGGUCCGCUGGUUCAAGGAUGGGCUGGAGGUGGAAGUAUCUGAUGCCCUGCAACUGGGUGCCGAGGGGCCCUCCCGCACCCUCACCCUGCCCCACGCGCAGCCUGAGGAUGCUGGGGAGUAUGUGUGCGAGACCCGUGAUGAGGCGGUUACCUUCAAUGUCAGCCUGGCUGAGCCCCCGGUGCAGUUUCUGGCACCAGAAGCAGCCCCCAGUCCACUCUGCGUGGCCCCAGGGGAGCCCGUGGUACUGAGCUGUGAACUGUCCCGGGCAACUGCAGCUGUGUCCUGGAGCCACAAUGGAAGCCCAGUGCAGGAAGGCAAGGGCCUGAAGCUCCAGGCCGAGGGCCCCCGCCGUGCCCUCUGCAUCCAGGCUGCAGAACCAGCCCAUGCAGGCCUCUAUACCUGCCAGUGUGGGAUGGCCCCAGGGGCACCGAGCCUCAGCUUCACUGUCCAGGUGGCUGUGACCCCCAGCUCUGACCCUGCAGAGCGCCCUGUGAGGGUGGUGGCCCCUGAGGCAGCCCAGACGAGGGUUCGAAGCGCCCCAGGCGGAGACCUGGAGCUGGUGGUGCACCUCUCCGGGCCAGGGGGCCCUGUGCGCUGGUACAAGGACGGGGAGCGCCUGGCGAGCCAGGGGCGGGUGCAGCUGGAGCAGGCCGGGGCCAGGCAGGUGCUGCGGGUGCAGGGGGCACGGAGCAGGGAUGCUGGGGAGUACCUGUGCGAUGCACCCCAGGACAGCCGCAUCUUCCUCGUCACUGUGGAAGAGCUGCCACCAGUGAAGCUGGUCUCAGAGCUGACACCACUCACUGUCCACGAGGGCGAUGAUGCCACAUUCCGCUGUGAAGUUUCACCCCCGGAUGCCGACAUCACCUGGCUGCGCAAUGGCGCUAUCGUCACUCCCGGGCCCCAGCUGGAAGUGGCCCAGAAUGGCUCAAGCCGGACACUGACUGUGCGAGGCUGCCGGCUCGAGGACGCAGGGACUGUGACAGCACAGGCAGGGAGCACAGCCAGCAGUGCCCGGCUUCAUGUUCGAGAGACAGAGCUACUGUUUCUGCGGCGACUGCAGGACGUGCGGGCAGAGGAGGGCCAGGACGUGUGCCUCGAGGUGGAGACCGGCCGCGAGGGCACCCCAGGGGCUGUGCGCUGGAUGCGAGGCGGGGACCCACUCCCGCCCGACUCUCGCCUGUGCGUGGCUCAAGAGGGUCACGUCCACCGCCUCUUCAUCCACGGCGUCGUGCUGGCUGACCAGGGCACCUACGGCUGCGAGAGUCACCAUGACCGCACCCUGGCCAGGCUCAGCGUGAGGCCUCGGCAGCUGCGGGCACUGAGGCCUCUGGAAGAUGUGACCAUCAGCGAGGGGGGCAGCGCCACCUUCCAGCUGGAGCUGUCCCAGGAGGGUGUGACCGGGGAGUGGGCCCGGGGCGGAGUCCGGCUCCAGCCGGGACCCAAGUGCCACAUUCACGCCGAAGGCCACACACAUCGUCUGGUACUCAGCGACCUGAGCCGGGCAGACUCCGGCUGUGUCUCCUUCACGACAGAUGCCCUGCGCUGCGCUGCCAGGCUCACUGUGAGAGAGGUCCCAGUGACCAUUGUUCGGGGGCCACAGGACCUAGAGGUGACCGAGGGUGACACAGCUACGUUCGAGUGUGAGCUUUCCCAGGCCUUGGCGGAUGUUACCUGGGAGAAGGACGGACGCACGCUCACUCCCAGCCCCCGGUUCCGGCUCCAGGCCCUCGGCACACGCCGCCUUCUCCAGCUCCGGCGCUGCAGCUCCUCGGACGCGGGGACGUACAGCUGCGCAGUAGAGACGUCCCGCUCCGGGCCCGUCCGCUUGACCGUGCGCGAGCGCCGGGUGUCUGUGCUCCAAGAGCUCCGGUCGGUGCGCGCCCGCGAAGGGGACGGCGCCACGUUCGAGUGCACCGUGUCAGAGGCCGAGACCCCGGGAUGCUGGGAGCUUGGAGGCCGCCAGCUGAGACCCGGAGGCCGCAUCCGCAUCCGACAGGAAGGCCCCGCCCCACAGCCCUUGCAGCCAGUUCUCCCGACUUUCCUCCGCCCCAGCUCGGAGUCCAGCGAGGCUCCUCUUCCCGGUCCGCUUCCCUACUCGACUCAUCUCGGCGCGCACCUACUGGGUCCGAAUCCACCCCGGAGCCUACUCUGGGCCCACCCUCAUCCCGAACCCUCUCCAGAGGCAGUUCAGGCCUCGCUAGCGCCCCCCUCCCCCGUAGGGAAGAAACACAUUCUGGUGCUGAGCUUGCUGCGGGCAGAGGACGCCGGUGAAGUCCGCUUCCAGGCGGGACCCGCCCAAUCCUCGGCUCUGCUGGAGGUGGAGGCAUUGCCUCUCCAGAUGUGCCGCCGCCCCCCUCGUGAGAAAACGGUUCUGGCCGGCCGCCGGGCGGUGCUGGAGGUGACCGUGUCCCGCUCCGGGGGCUACGUGUGCUGGCUGCGGGAAGGAGUCGAGCUGUGUCCGGGAGACAAGUAUGAAAUGCGCAGCCACGGCCCCACCCACAGCCUGGUCAUCCAUGACGUGCGACCUGAGGACCAGGGCACCUACUGCUGCCAGGCCGGCCGGGAUAGUGCCGACACACGGCUGCUGGUAGAGGGCUGGAGGGUCUCAGAGUGCUCACCGGGGAGAGGACAUCUCCAUUGAAGCGUUUGAUGGGCACUGGCCUGCGACGAUAAGCAGGAUCGGGGGGCCCAGGCCUGGGAGGAGCCCGGGGGCCUCUGUGGGGGCCCCGAGGUGCUCUCUUCUUCCGCCGCUUCUCCUUUUGCUCUUCCUGCUGCCGAAUCCGCAUCAGUUGCACACGUCGUCGCUGCCGGCUGAUGACCACUGAGGAAGGGUGGCAGAGGAGGGACUCAGUGGUCCAUGACCUCUUCCCUCCAAGCCCUCCCCUGCUCUUUCCCCCCUUCGGACUUCAGAUGUCCAGUCCAGGCUCCCCUUGUCCAUUACCCUCGCCCCACCCCAUCACUUCUUUCCUAGUCUCCCUCCUGCCAGUGGACCGUCCUUCCACUGUUCUUUGCUUCUGAAUGUCUCCGAGUGAGACUCUGGGACUCACAGACACCCCCUCCUCAGCUGUCCCACUGCAGACCCUGAGCCACAGGCGACUCUUCCAGGUCAGCCCAGCCAUCUUGCAACAGGACGGUUACCGCUACUUUCUCACUGGCUCCCUGUGCGUUUGCCCCUCUCUGAGGCCACACUCAGCAGCAUCCCAAGCAUCCCAAGCACUAAGUUAUAACAUCCCUUACUUUAGACCCUCCACUGGCUUCUCACUGCCCUCUAGUAAAACUCGGUGUCCUUCCUCAUGGCCCGAGGACCCUCGAGAUCAGCCUGUGUCCGACCUCACGUGCAACGCUCCAACCCCUCUUCCUCCAGCAUGCUAGCCACAUUCUUUCAUGGGUCUUUGUCCUUGUCAUCCUCUUCUUAAGCUGGAAGCGAUGGCUGGCCCUGUAUCCUUCAGGUCUCUGCCUAUGUGUCACCUCCUCCAAGCAGCUCUGCCCACCCUAACUAGAACAGUUUCUAUAAGAUCACUCUUUCGUGUUACAUUGUGUAUCUCCUUCAUAUCACUCUGCACAGUAGGAAUUAUCUUGUUUGACUGAAUGUUUGUUACCUGUCUCUCACCUGCCCUGGAUGUAUACCUAUAAAGGCAGGCCAUUUUUCUGGUA